GGCAAUUCUAGGCUAAUCGCUCGGUACAAAAUCUCGCUGGGGAUAUUAGGGGCAACCUGUGUCAUUCUGGGAUCGGCCGUGAUUGCGUUGAUCGUGUUUGCUUUGGAGAGAGGCUUAUGGAAAGGUGAAACUUGUGGAACAGCUGCCAAUGCUACUGAGGAUGAAGCAGGAACCUUGAAAAGCCCCACGAGAGCAGAUAGAAGCCCCUGUUCUGAACAGAUGGCCAUUCACCUGUGUGAGCCAUUUACAGAAAGUGCCAGGUGUAAGCUCUGUCCAAACAACUGGGUUGCACGGGAGGGGAAGUGCUACUGGCUUUCUAAAGAGAAAUGGCAAUGGCUUGGGGGCUACAACGACUGUUCCAGGAAGAGAUCUCAAAUGCUCGUGGUCCGGGAUUGGGCAGAAAUGGAAUUCAUACAGGACUUCACUCAAGAGAAAUAUCCUGUCUGGGUUGGACUUAAUGUUACACAUCUGCGCAACACCUGGACCUGGGUGGAAGGCUCAGCCUUAAAUCAAGCCCUGUUCCCACUGCCUCUUCCAGGAACUGGAGCUGGUUGUGGAGUUGUGAAAUCCGGUCAAGUUCGCUCUGAAAUGUGCACCGCUGAAUUUAGGUGGAUUUGUGAAAAAGAAGCCAUUUUGUUCUAACCUGUGAAAGCCAGCCACCAACCUUCAUAUGCUAGUAUGAUAGACUCUUUUUAUUUCCCUGAACCACAAAGGCUGCAUGAGGAAGAGCUGCUAUCCCAAGUAAUCAUCAUCCCCUCUAAUAAAAUUAGGUGGUAGCUUCUGAACGCUCAGGGGACUCCUUAGAUAUGCAGACAUAUAUAUAACUUUGUAAAU